AUGACGGGAGGUUCGAAAUUCGAGGUCUCGAAAUUUAAUGGUCAUGGCAAUUUCGGAUUAUGGCAGACGAAAGUAAAAGAUUUAUUGGCGCAACAAGGAAUUCUGAAAGGGCUGCGCGCAGGAAAGCCUAAGGGGAUGGAAGACGAUGAUUGGCAAGAUCUGCAGGAACGGGCGGCCGGGACGAUUCGGUUGUGCCUCGCAGAUGAAGUUAUGUAUCACCAAAGGUUAUACGGGCUGAAGAUGCAGGAGAGGACCGAUUUAGGGCAACAUGUGAAUAUCUUCAAUCAGGUUGUCACGGAUUUGGCUUCACUCGAAGUCAAGUUUGAAGAUGAAGACAAGGCGAUGAUCUUACUGUGUUCGUUACCUCCUUCUUACGAACAUAUGGUGACUACCCUUACAUAUGGGAAAAAAACGAUCAAGACUGAGGAGAUUACUUCAGCGUUGUUGGCUCACAACCAGCGGAAACAGAAAUCUGGAGAGUCAUCUUCUCAAAGUGACAGCUUAUAUGUGAAGGGUAACCAGGAUCGUGGAAGAAAACAUGGGAGAGAUAAUUCAGGAAAUCGGAAUUUCAGAUCCAAGUCGCGAGACAAAUCGCAAGGAAGAAAAACUGUGACGUGUUAUAAGUGCAAAGAACAAGGGCACUUUAAACGGGAUUGCCCAAAGUGGAAGAAACAGACUGCUGAUAUGUCAUCCAAGUCUGCGAAUGUGGUACAAAAUGAGGAAUCUGAUUGCAGUGAUGGAGAUAUGUUAUCUAUUUCGACUGCGCAAUAUGAUGAUGCUUGGAUUCUCGAUUCUGGAUGUUCAUAUCAUAUAACGCCUAACAGAGAGUGGUUUGCUACUUAUAAACCAGGUAACUCGGGUUCUGUUUUUCUUGGUGAUGAUAGAUGCUGCGGUAUUGUCGGUAUUGGGGAUGUCAAAAUCAAGAUAAAUGGUUUCAUUCCCAAGGCUGAUGAGGAUAGGGAAACCAUUAAGAUUGUGAAGGGUGCCUUGACUGUGAUGAAGGGGAGGAUCACUGCAGGGAACAUUUACAAACUGUUGGGAAGUACAGUUGUAGGUGGAGUCCAUUCGGUUUAG